AUGUCGACUCGCUUUGCGGGACCUCGAACCGGAGGGCUCCACGCGAAGCAGAGGCUGCUGCUGGUCUUUGUAGGGUGCCUCUGCUCGAUGCCGAUCGCUGGCAGGAUAGCUUUGAAGGCAGCAAUGAUCCAGGCAACUCUUGAGUGGAGUUCCUUCGAAGAGCUCUUGGACAUGGCCCAAAGUCGCUCCAACCGCCGAUCCAACGAGCACAACGGGAACAAUGAGGCGUACUGGCGAAAGCGCGGCUACGAUGGUCGCCCCGAUAACUGGGAGGAGAGAUAUGCUGCCAUUCGCGCAGAGCGACAGAAAGCAGGUCGUCUCGAGCAUGAGACAAAUCACGCAGCAUCCAGAUCACCCGAUCAGAAGCGUGCCGCAUCUCGGGACACAGUCAAGGUCAUGGAGGCCAUCAGGGAAGCUUUGGCUCCCCAAGCCAAGGUCAUUGUCGCUGGAAGCCGGGCGAAAAAGACGGACCUCGCUACUUCCGAUCAGGACUACUACAUCGACUGGGAAACCUCCGUGACAUUGCAGCAUCGCGAUGAAUUGCAGGAAGAGCUUGAGAAGAGGUUUCCUGGCGCCGUGGAGAUCACUAAGCAUGGUACUCUUCGUGUUGCAGGCGAAUCGGGCCAGCUCUGCAUUACCUUCGCUCACGCGCUCUUCUACGACGAGAGCUUCGAGGAAAGAGCACGCCUGGACAAAGAUGCCUUCAAGGGCAACAGGCCCGCUCAGCAGGCGGUGCGAGCCGUGAAAAUGAAGCUCCAAGAUGCAGGCAUCAAGCUCAAGGGCCACACCUUGGAAUAUGCCGUGCUGAAAGUGCAGGAGGAGCAUCCCUAUGCUGGCUUCUAUGAUCUAGCCAUGAAGACGUUGGAUGCACUGGGCUUGCGAAGAGUCUUUUAG